AUGUCAUCUCUUGCUAAUCGUUAUGAUCAUUCUAAUUUUGUUCCUAAAUCAGAAUAUGAUUCAUCAGUUAAUAGACAAAAUGAGAGUAUGAUGCAUAAAGUCAAAGAUGUUGUUUCGAAAUUUUUUCAACCAUCGUUUUUAUUCACAGCUAGUAAUAAUGAAAUAGAUAGUCCUAAACGAAAACGACAAAUAUCUAUUGAAGAAUUAGAUGAUGAACAACAAAUUGAGACAACUGCAACUACUACAAUAAAAAAUCAAAUUAUAGCAUCAAAAUCAAAAUAUCUUCAUCAACCUGUCAGAGACGAUGAAUCACAAUUUACUGAUGAUGACGAUAAUAAUAAUCAGGAUGUAUCAUCAAUUGAACAAGAUUUAAAAGAAAUCGAACAACAAAAAAAACGACGUCGUACAACUAAUUAUCAACAGAUACAUACAAACAAUCGUCAUCAUGAAAAUGAAAAAACAAAUUCAACAGAUAGUAUUAGUUCAUUAUCAAAUCGUCGACUUCAUUGUACAACAUCUACAGAACUAAAUUCUAAUGAAAGAAUAAAUCGAAUUAUAUCAUCUACACAACGUUUUAAUAUCACAUCAACAUCAAAUUAUGAUCCAUCAAAAUCACCUCUUUUUUCUGUCGAUAAUAGAAAACAAACGGAAACAACAACAAUAACAACAACAAAUCUUAAAUCGAAUGAAUUUUCAGCAAAUUAUUUACUAGCAACUAGUCUAACAGAUCGACCUCAAUUAUCUAAAUCAAAUAGUCAACAAUCAUCAGCAACAUUAACAAAUAAAAAUCGAUUAUUAUCAAAUGAACGAAAAAUGUUUGGUGUUAAUUAUGCAUCAAUUAAUUCACAUCGUUUACCUUAUAUUGAAAGACUUCGUCGACGAACUUUACAAGAUUGUAUACGACUUGAUCGUACACUUGAUAAUGAACCAUUAUCUAUAUCACCAAUUGAUGAACACAAAUUGAAAACUAAUUCUUCAGAACUAACUCGAACAAAAGUACAAGAAAAAGAAUGUGGUAUUCAAUGUAAUAUUUCAAAUGUUGAAAAUUCAAUAGAAUCAAAUAAAAAACUUCAACGUGCAUUUCCACCAAUUGAUAUUCAAUAUGAAGCAUUAUCAGUACCAAUUACUGAAAAAACUCAAUCAUCUACUCAAACAGAUUCAUCAAUUCAAACACAUAGUUCAAUAACAAUUGAAAAAGUACAAACAUCACUGCCAAAAAUUGAUAUUACAAAGCCUAAAGUACUUGGUGAUGUUACACCAUUCUCAUGGCCAAAAUUUGCUCGUGCUCAAGAAGAAUAUGCUAAAAAAUAUCCAGAAAAAUGUACUGAUACAAUACUUUCUAAAUCAAAUAUUAAUACAAAUUCAACAGUAUUUCAACAAACAAACACAACUUCUAAUACAAUAUCAAAAUCAUCAACACUUCCUAUGUCAUCAUUACAAUCUGUUCAAUCAAUUUGGAAAUGUCCUUCAUGUACUAAAGAACAUCCAGCACAAACAGCAUCAUGUUCACUUUGUCAUGGUAUUAAUCCGAAUUAUAAAAAAUUAAGUGCGAUUCAAUCAACAUUACCAGUCGAAAAAGAAUCAACUAUACCUAUACCUGCUGCUACUACCAUUAUUAAUCAAACUGUAACAACAAAAGAAAAUCCAGUGAUCACUCCUGCUCCAAUAACUGCUAAUCCACAAUUUAGUAUAACGGCAACUAAAGAAAAUCCAGUGAUCACUCCUAUUUUUGGAUUUGAAAAUCCAGUGAUUACUCCUGCUCCAAUAACUACUACUCUUGGAUUUGGUACAGCGGCCACAACAACUACAGAAAAUCCAGUGAUCACUGCGGCUCCAAUAACUACUACUCUGCAAUUUGGUACAACAGCAACAACUCAAGAAAAUCCUAUUUCAACCGAUGCUUUUCGUUCCACAUUUGGCACAACGCCAGUUAUAUCACCAGUCGUAGUAACUAAAGAAAAUUCUGUGCCUAAUAACCCACUAUCUGUAUUUGGUACAGCAACAACUAAGGAAAGUUUUUCAAUUACUAGUACUACGCCUUCAUUAGGCUCAAUACCAUUCAAUCAAUCAUUAGCUAGUAAUACAAGUAAUCCUAUUCAAUUUGGUACAAUAUUGCAGCCUUUUUCUUCGGUAUCAUCAACAAGUUUUACUGCACCAGUUACAAGUUCUACUGCUCCUUCAAUUGCUACAGCAACAUCAAGUAUACCAAUGUCACCAUCAUCAUCAUCAUCUAUACUACCAAUUUUUGGACCAUUUGGUAGUACUUCAACGGCAACAGUAGCACCAGCUAUUCAUAUUUCAUCCGAUCAGUCUACUUCGCUUACAAAAGAACUCACUACGUCAACUCCAUUUUCGGCAACAAAUCCAAUUUUAUUUGGUUCUUCAACAAUAACACCAGCUUCUACGACGACAAAUUUAUUUUCGACAUCAUCAACAACAAGCACUUUUCCCCUGUCGAACAAUUUUACAUCCACAAGUACGACAUCAGCGCCAUUUCAAUUUGGUACCGGUGGUUUUAAUUUUGGAGUUAGUUCUACAACAACACCAAAUAAUCCUCCAUUUGGAUUUACUUCUACUGCUAGUUCUCCAAAUUUAUUUCCACCACCAACUACUACUUCAUCAGUUAGUUCAAAUACUGCACCCUUUUUUGGUACAACUCCAUUUGGAUCAACUCAAGCAUCAACUGAAAAAUCUUUAAAUUCAUCAAAUAAUCCACCAGUUAUGUUUGGUUUUGGAUCUUCAUCAAAUACAACAACAAAUCCUAUUCAAACUCCAACAACAUCAGCAUUUUCUACUGGUGGCUUUCCAUUUGUACCUCCAUCAUCAUCAACAACAGUAUCAACAUUCGGUGCUGCUCCAUCUGCAUUAUCGUCUAGUGGAUCAUCGAGUUCAUUUAAUUUUGGUGUAGCACCAACCGCUUCUACAAACCCUACUCAGUUUCUGUUAACUGGAACAACAUCUAUAUCAACUUUAUCUGGUUCUACAGUUGAAACUCUAAAUCCUUACAGUGUUAUGAGUAGUGAUAGUUCAUCGACAGGUCAACGUCGAAUUCGUAAAGCUAAACGUCAACUACAAAGUUAA